AUGGACGGAACCCGUCUCUUCUCCGAGUUGAAGGCUCGUAUAAUCGAUCUGGAAAAGCAGCUUGAGGAGAAAGAUGAGCUUUGGAAAGUUGCCAAUAGCAAAAUCGAGAAGCUUCGGGAGACAAUAUCAGUACAAAUCAAACCAUCAACGAACGAAACAGCACAAUCUCAUCAAUUCGAAAUCUUGAAGCUUGGCAUGAAGAAACACCAUAUCAGCUCAAUAUCGAACAAUAACACAGAAAAACGAACUCAUUGCGGAAAUGGACCUUAUUAUAAAGAAAAAAGGCCUGACUAUACAGAGAACGACUUGCUAAUUUCAAGUGCGGAUCCCAAUGCCAUUCCAUUAUAUGCGGACACCAAAGUUGCUUGUCUUGGCGGGCUUAGUGUCAAGGAGGUGCAAGUGGAUAUCAAGGGAAGGACGAUCAAUGACUGUGUCAUCAAGCUCUUCGUUGAUCAGCUAAUUCGUCUUUACGAAAAAUACGAUGAUGUCAACGCUGCAUGUCAGCGUCAGAUGAUUACUGAGUCACUCAAGAAACCGCUUUACGAGAUAGGACUUAAGUUUCCAGAACCUGAAAACCACGCUGCACAUGGUGCAGAUGCAUUCGCAGAUGCUCAGAUGAUUCUUGAAACUGACUCUAAGACUGACGUUGAACGUGGAAUCUCUGGAAAGCGGGGGCAAUUCAUGAUUAUAUACCUUGUACCGCCAGAAACAGUCAUUAAUUUUGGAAGUGUGUGGAAUGACUCGUAUUCUCCAAAAUUCACACAGCUCCUAAAACUUUAUCAAGACCUGAAGAUAUGGCGUGAUGAGGGGAUCGGAAUUCUAGAAUUUGCCUCCCGGAGAUACCAUAUUACACGCCUGGUCAAUAUAAUAUAUCCUUCGGAAGAACUUUAUAAUGCGGAGGCAUUUGAUGCAGAUGAAGCAGCAAUUAAGAAAUUCAAUGAGCUAUGGGAUGCCUCUCGAGAGCUUCAGGAUGAGCAAAGGAAGUUUCGUCAUGAAAAUAACUCUCUUUUUCGCAAAGACUUACAUAGAAGAAGCUUGGAAGAAACAUCUCGUGGUAUCAAUGCGCUUCGCUCAGCGACUCUAAAUCUAUCCUUUUCCAUUAUUCGAAGUGACUCGAAGAGAAGUUUGAAAUGA